AAGCGGAGACCCGAGCGGCGAGCGCCACCAGGGCAGCAGCCGCCGCAGCCGCCGUCGCUGGGCUGAGGAGUCGGAGACGCGGGCGGACGAGGUGGCGGCGGCGGCGGAGCGGGAGCUGGGACCGGGCACGGGCAGAGCGCGGCGGCGCGGGUAUAUUCCAGAGAACAGGUCUUCAAACAUCUUUGCCGUAUUGACUCUGAGCUGUCAGGGGACUCAGGCUUAUGAGGAGGUUCUGUCACACAAAACAGUGUCUAGUGAAGACGACAAGAAAGAGGGGAAAGGAUAGGAAAAAGAAGCUAAAGUACUAUAGAAAACCAUGAGAUCUAUUCGAUCUUUUGCCAAUGAUGACCGCCAUGUUAUGGUGAAACAUUCAAUGAUCUAUCCAUCUCCAGAGGAACUUGAAGCUGUUCAGAAUAUGGUGUCUACUGUUGAAUGUGCUCUUAAACAUGUCUCAGAUUGGUUGGAUGAAACAAAUAAAGGCACAAAAACAGAGGGUGAGACGGAAGUGAAGAAAGAUGAGGCCGUAGAAAACUACUCCAAGGAUCAAGGUGGUCGGACAUUGUGUGGUGUAAUGAGGAUUGGCCUGGUUGCAAAAGGCUUGCUGAUUAAAGAUGAUAUGGACUUGGAGCUGGUUUUAAUGUGCAAAGACAAACCCACAGAGACCCUGUUAAACACAGUCAAAGAUAAUCUUCCAAUUCAGAUUCAGAAACUCACAGAAGAGAAAUACCAAGUGGAGCAAUGUGUAAAUGAGGCAUCUAUCAUAAUUCAGAAUAUAAAGGAACCCACGCUAACUUUGAAGGUGAUACUUACUUCCCCUCUAAUUAGGGACGAAUUGGAGAAGAAAGAUGGAGAAAAUGUUGCGAUGAAAGAUCCUCCGGAUUUAUUGGACAGGCAGAAAUGCCUGAACGCCUUGGCAUCGCUCCGACAUGCCAAAUGGUUUCAGGCAAGGGCAAAUGGAUUAAAAUCAUGUGUAAUUGUCCUGCGUAUUCUGCGUGAUUUGUGCAACAGAGUUCCCACGUGGGCACCAUUAAAAGGAUGGCCACUAGAGCUUAUAUGUGAAAAGUCUAUAGGUACUUGUAAUAGACCUUUGGGCGCUGGGGAGGCCUUGAGACGAGUAAUGGAGUGUUUGGCAUCUGGAAUACUACUUCCUGGGGGUCCUGGUCUUCAUGAUCCUUGUGAGCGAGACCCAACAGAUGCUCUGAGCUAUAUGACCGUUCAACAAAAAGAAGAUAUUACCCACAGUGCACAGCAUGCACUCAGACUAUCAGCCUUUGGCCAGAUUUAUAAAGUUUUGGAGAUGGACCCCCUUCCAUCCAGUAAGCCUUUUCAGAAAUAUUCCUGGUCAGUUACUGAUAAAGAAGGUGCUGGGUCUUCAGCUUUAAAGAGGCCAUUUGAAGAUGGAUUAGGGGAUGAUAAAGAUCCCAGUAAGAAGAUGAAACGAAACUUAAGGAAAAUUCUAGACAGUAAAGCAAUAGACCUUAUGAAUGCACUAAUGAGGCUAAAUCAGAUCCGGCCUGGGCUUCAGUAUAAGCUUUUAUCUCAGUCUGGCCCUGUUCAUGCCCCAGUUUUCACAAUGUCAGUAGAUGUGGAUGGCACAACAUACGAAGCCUCAGGACCAUCCAAGAAAACAGCAAAACUUCACGUAGCAGUGAAGGUAUUGCAGGCAAUGGGAUACCCAACGGGCUUUGAUGCAGAUAUUGAAUGUAUGAGUUCCGAUGAAAAAUCAGAUAAUGAAGGCAAAAAUGAAAUAGUGUCUUCAAACUCAAGCAAUAAUACUGGAAAUUCCACAACUGAAACCUCCAGUACCUUAGAGGUAAGAACUCAGGGCCCUAUUCUCACAGCAAGUGGCAAAAAUCCUGUAAUGGAGCUUAAUGAAAAAAGAAGAGGUCUUAAGUAUGAACUCAUCUCGGAGACUGGUGGAAGCCAUGACAAACGCUUUGUAAUGGAGGUAGAAGUAGAUGGACAGAAAUUCAGAGGUGCAGGUCCAAAUAAGAAAGUGGCAAAGGCAAGCGCAGCUUUAGCUGCUCUGGAGAAGCUGUUUUCUGGACCCAAUGCAGCAAAUAAUAAGAAAAAGAAGAUUAUCCCUCAGGCAAAGGGUGCUGUGAACACAGCUGUGUCUGCAGCAGUGCAAGCUGUUCGGGGCAGAGGAAGAGGAACUCUAACACGGGGAGCUUUUGUUGGGGCCACAGCUGCUCCUGGCUACAUAGCUCCAGGCUACGGAACACCUUAUGGUUUACAGCACAGCUGCCCUGCCUAUGGUUUACCCAAGAGAAUGGUUCUGUUGCCCGUUAUGAAAUUCCCAACAUAUCCUGUUCCCCACUACUCAUUCUUUUAGCCAAUGACAGAAGCUAAUUCCUAUUGAACAACUAUACAGUACAAUACAGAAUGUUAGAGAAAAAGCCUUUUUAUCCUGCUUUCUUUGAACACAUACUUGAUCAAAAUUAUUUGUAAAGAACAUCUUUCCUACUUUUUGAUUUUAACAAAUGCAAAUUUAGUUCUCUAAAACUUGAAAACAAAACAAAAAAAAGAAACCAGUUCUGUGAAACGGUACCUCAUUUCUGGAAAAUUACUUACACCAGCCCUUCUGUUCUAAGGAAAUAAAAGUCUAGCAGUUCCAAGUUUAAGUUUUAAGAGAAGUAUCAGAUUAUGUAAAGUUAAAUUUGUGAAGGAUGUAUAGAGUCUCAAACACUGAUCACAAAUAAACUGCUUUGUUGUAACACAGAGUACUGCCUGGUUCCUGAUGCAGUCACUGAUUCUUAGCAGACUGAUAUGUAUAUGCCCAGGGCACUUUAAUUUGGGCUGUAGUUAUUUUUUUUAAUACUAUAGAGACUUUUCAUUUCAAGUUUAACUUUGUAAAUAUUGAAGUGUGUAAUUAAAGCCAAUAAAAUAUGGGUUUGAAUAUUGUUUUAGCUUAUUAUUUUUGAUAUGUUUUGGUAUCAAAUUACAAGGAAUUGAAAACUAAUUACAACUUAGUCCUAGAAACCCCUUCAUUUGAUGCAAACUGCUAAAACAAAGCAAAGAUGAUUGUUAGCUUGGGCCAGUGUACUUACUUUGUAAGCCCUUGGUACUUCUGUUGGACAAGGGCAUCCCCAUAAAAAAGGUUACCUUCUGUUUUCAGAGUGCUGCUUAUUAAAAUGAUGGCAUUACCCAGAGAUGGGGAAGGAGGAAUGUGAUUAUUUUAGUUUCUGAAUUUCCAAGUUUUAAAAAAUAAUAAAUUAAUCGAUCAAUCA